AUGGGCUUACAGUUGCAAACACUACUCAACCCUUCUGAUGAUUCAACAUCACGCAAUUCCGUACCAGAGACGCCGUCAUCGGCUCGGUAUCCCUCUGGCUACUCUCAGCCAUCCCAGCAUGGUGGUCUACCUUCGCUCUCCCAACCAUAUGACAACAGUCGACAAAGUAUUGAUGCCGGCUCCUCUCAAUUCGACUCCCGACGCAGCAGUGUCGACAGUCGGGUGAAUGUUGGCAUGGGUCAUCUCACAAUUCACCACCCACAGUCACCGUACGACAGCCAGAACGCGUCUCGAGCUUCGCUUGUCCAGGACCUCCAGCAACAACGCGGAAUCACAAAUCCAGUCACGCGACCUAAUGGCACUUCUCCUUUAUCACCCCACCGAGCCGGUCCACGUGCUAGCAAUCCCCCACGACGUGCUCCAGUCAUCAAUCCCAACCCUAGGAGCGUGUCUGGUAUGCCCGAUCCUAUGGCAGCGGCCCCGACUAAGGGUUUUGCUUGGGCCUUUCCGGCAGACGACUUUGAUCAUGAAGAGAAGAGGACAUCAAGCAGCGGUGAGUCUAGCGUAGACCGCUCAAACGUCCCCUCGCGUCAAGGUAGCUUUGCGACAUCGAUCAACAGUAGCAUCUACACCACAGAUUCUAAGCUACCACCUGGUCAACAACGACUGGAUGAUGGCACGCAUUCCCACCCUUAUUUUACAUCAGCCGUACUAAUUAGCAUAGACGUCCCUAGUACCCAUCAUCACUCCAUGCAACAUCGCAGUGUCACGAGCCUACAAGCUAUUGACCCUACCAACCCACUCGCUCCCGGAAGCGGAAGCUACAGCAGGACUCCCGAGCUUCGGGUCAGUCACAAGAUGGCUGAAAGGAAGCGAAGGAGUGAGAUGAAAACCUUAUUCGACGACCUCAAUGGAAUUCUACCCAACAGCCCAGGCAGCAAGUCAAGCAAAUGGGAGAUUCUCACUAAAGCCAUUGAAUACGUCCAAAACCUGACUCGCGCACACCAAACCGCUCGUGAGGAGCUUCUCCGUUUGAGACCCGAAGCUGAGUACUAUCGAAGAGCCCAAGAAGAGAACGAAUUGCUACGGGCGGAACUGAAUGCCGUCUGGAACGCUCUUCGUCGCGCAGAUCCUUCCAACACCCAUGUUUACGGAAGCAUGACUGGCCAGUUUGCGCAAGGACUACCCACAGCUCCUGCACCCGGUAACAAUGUGCUUCCACCUCUACAACAGCAACAGCAACAACAGGGGCUCCCGCAACCACCACCACCACCAUCACAGGCUCAGUGGGCACCACCACCACAUGCGGGUGCAAUGUCGAGUGCGAUGCAGGGUGUCGAGUUUGGCGGUAUGCGGCCUUAUGAGCAUUCGCAUCGUUGA